AAUAAAUAAUAGUCUAAAUUGAAUUGUGGGUAAAAUUUUUUCAAGAUGAAAAUUUUUUUAGCAUUACUUUAACCUCUGUGUUUAUGUUAAAGAUUAUUGGACGCCAUUAAAAUAAGUAGAAAUUUCAUAAUAAAUAAUAAACUGUGCUUUCUGAUGUUUUACUCUACACUGUCUGUUAUAUAGUUUGCGGAAAUGCAUAGAAAUUUACCACAAAAUAAAGAAGCCCUUUUAAAAUCAUACACAACUCGGCUAAAAGAAGAUAUUAAAAGUAUGCUCGAAAACUUUGAAGAGAUUAUAAAACUUGCUAAAGGGGAGAGAGGUGAAAGUGAAUCACAACUUAACAGGAUGACUCAAAUAGAGCAAGAUACAUUUGAAAUGCAAGUUAGAGCUGCUAAUAUUGUUCGAGCUGGUGAAUCUUUAAUGAAACUAGUGUCAGACAUUAAACAAUAUUUGAUUUUAAAUGACUUCCCUUCAGUCAACGAAGCUAUAACACAAAACUCUAAACUAUUCCGAACUAAACAGCAAGAAUGUGAUCAGAAAUUAAUGUCUCUCCGUGAUGAUAUUGCUGCAGACCUUUAUGAUCUUGAAGAUGAAUAUUUUACUAGCAUAUAUAAAUAAAGAUUUGUUUGCAUUUUGAUGUUUUAGUUUUUAGCAUGUACAGUGUUAUUUAUAGACAAUGUUUAGCAUUGAAGUAAAUUUACACUGAGACUGCACUUAGUAUUAGCCAAGAUUCAUAUUAUUAAAUAGAGACUUGGUAAAAGUUAAGCUAGUAUGAGGUCCUAUGGGAAUAAUAUUUACUCCUAGAAGGUAGUAUGUUUGCUGAUUUACUGUACAAUAUGGUAAGUUAAAAUUUAUUAAAAUUACUGUCUUUUACUAUCUCGUCUAUUCUGCUAGAAAUUUGAACACACUACUAUAGGUUUUUCUAGUAGCAUAUAAAUUAAAUGAUUACUUCUAAAGAAACUUUGUAUAGAUUGAGAAUUCUACAUUAAAAGUAUUGUACAUUUUUUAAUAUCCAUAUUAGGCUUCCUCAAUCCAUAUGAACAUAUAAUUUCAACACAGUAUUACCUUUUGAAAAGGCAUUUCUAAACAAGUCACUUAUCAAAAAUAUUAACAUUGUCCUGUACUGAACAAAUUUUUGUUCCAACAGAAAAUUAAUUGAUACAUUCCAUUAAUAGUAUAAUUAAGGUAAGUUAGUAUUUUAAUGACAUUUGCUGAGAAUAAGGCCAUGACUUAUUAUUCAAAAACACUAUCUUAAUAUAUUUUUAGGUUCUUAAAUGUUUAAUAAAUAACUGCAUUGACUGUUCGGUUUUUGUUUGAUGGGCAUGAGGUCAAUUCUGUUGGUAUUAUUUUUAUAUAACUAGAAUUAAACCCUGCUUAUAUGACGAAAUUAUAUAUCUGCAUAUAAAAUAACAACAGUGAAAGAAACUAUUCAACUUUAAUUUUUAAAUUUUUAUACAUGGUGUAUUAAGUUAUUUAGGUGUAAAUAAAUAAUGAGUUCCAUUUCCAGGAUAUUGUUUGCAAGUUACUGGUCUACCAAAUUUAUAAUCUUCUAGGUAGAAAUAGAGCGCUAAUGAUCCACCAACAACUCCUAGAAACCAAGUCCAUUGCUGUGCCAAUGGAAUUCUAGGCCUCAUACUAGGGUCAUAACGAUCUUCACCAAAGAUUUCAGCUCUUGCAUGAACCUGAAAUAGGUAAAAUGUAACCAUUGUACUAAUUACACUGCCAUGAUUAAACAUUUAUUGAUUACGUAUAUAUUUAAAUGAGAUGAAACUUAGCAUCUUACAGGCUCAUUGAAGUUUCUUUUCAAUUCAGGACAGUCGUAUGGAUAAUGGGGAUCUUUUGAGUCUGCACCGAUAUCGGGCAGUUUAGGAUAAUCACCAUAUCCCAUAUCUUCUGGGUAAGGUUGAUACUCUUCAACCGUUAAUCCAUAUUUUUGUGCUGCCCUAGCACGUUCCUCAGGUGUUUUAGGGUAAGGACCCGGUUUAUAUUGAUAAUUCCAAUCUGAAAAAGAUAAUGACGUAACAACUGUAUCUUGCUAUUGUAUCGGGCUUUUUAACUAGUAAAAUGGAUCUUACGGUUUCUUGCAGCAUUCAUAAAUAUCCCUACCGCAUUACGGAUACCAUGGGAAUUUCCAGAAACGACUUUUUUCAAUAGAUUCGAAGCCAUUUCAAAUUCAUAUCAUUAUUGUCGCUAAAGAAGUUAAUCAAGUUACGAGUUUUUAUAGCAACCACAGAACCAAUAUUAUCUAUGCUUUUUUUUAUUCGUUCCCACCGGAAUGCCUUAGACUUUU